UUCUUUCCUAUAUAUUUAUACAGAAUGGUCAGACUUUUUAUUUUCUUCCCUCCAAUUUCCUUUCCCUAUUUUGUCUACAAACAAUCAAAAAGGUCUAAUAGAACCACAUGGGCUUCUAAUUUUCGAUCACCUCAUAGGCUUAUAUUAGGGAAUGUUUUUCAAAUAGAGAGUGUGGUCCUAUUGGAGCAUUUACGUUAUUCAAAGACUGGGGAUUCCAAUGUUUACACAAUUGGAAAAAUUGCUGGACACAAUGUUGUCGCAACAAAACUUUCAAUGAUUGGAGGAGAUAGAAUGGCUGCAACAUCUGCUGGUUCAAUUACAACACGUUUAUUGGGAGCAUUUCAACAUGUCGAACAUGUUAUAAUUGUUGGAAUAGGUGGAGGAGUGCCUCAUUAUACUGACCCGGAAAUGCAUAUUCGACUUGGAGAUGUUGUUAUAAGCGAUUCUAGAAUAGAUGAUAGCAAUAAACGUCAAAUAGGUUCUUAUGUAUAUGCACACAAUAUUAAUUGUAAUUGGAAAACUGGAGAAAUUGAGGGGUUGGUAGUUAGGGAUUGGCUGCCUAAAGACAAUGUUUUGGCUAGGACUGUUCGAAAUGGACAAAAACAAGAUUUAUUAAAAGACUGGCAUUCCAACUCAAAAGAAUUAAUUUCUCGUUUAAACGAAGAACAUAAAGACCAACAACUUGAUUUUUCUCGUCCUCACCAUGAAACGGACGUUUUGACAAUGUUAACUGCUGAAGGAAAUAUUGUUGUCUUUCCCCAUCCAAAUGCAAGCAGAAUUGACCCUCUUUUUCAUUUGGGGCCUGUUGGAUCUAUGUUUACAUUAGCACAAAAACCUCCAAAAUCCGAAAAUGAAGUUUCUUCUCCAAGUCAAAGCUCUCCUUUAAAAUCUGCUAAACGUCAAAAUAGCCCAACUAAAAAUGGUCAAAAUGGAACAAAUUCUGAAAAAGAAAAUGUUGAGGAAAAGGGAGGAGAUGUUAAUCAAUUAAAUAUUAGCAAUAAUAGUGAAGAAAGUGCUGGAUUGGUUAAUGCCCAAGUUAAUCAACAAUUGAGGGAAAGAUUUAUUUCCGAAUAUCAUGUUCGUGCCUAUGAUGCUGGUUUUGACUCUGUUAUUGCUGCAAUCGAAGGUUCAAGGGUAGAUUCUUGGGUAUUAAUACGUGGAGUGGCUGAUUACCAACAAGGUGCUACAAAAAUUGGAAAACUUUGGCAGCAUUAUGCUUCUGCAAAUGCUGCAGCUAUGGUUAAAACAAUUCUUGGUCGAAUUCCAGCAACAAGAUAA